AUGCAUCAACAACUACAGCUGGCGGUGGCUCUGGCGGUGGUGCUGCUGUUUGCGGGGUCAUCCGCGGCCUUGGCCGAGCCAUGGGCCUUGACGGCGGGCGAAGCGGCCUGCCCGGAGCUGCCGUAUUGCAAGAACAGCUACGACGUGUGCCUGGCCUACGCCGCGGGCUCCUACUUUGUGGGUCCCGACUCCCCGCCCUUUGUCAACUCCACCUCUCCCCAACGCCAGCUCGCCGCCGCCCCAUUCCGCUUCGACGGCGAGGGCUCGUUCGAGGGUCUGUCGAUGAUCUUCUCGCGGAAGAAGAGUGAUGAUGCCGUGUUCAGCCUGGCGGUGUUCUUCUACGAGGCCAAUGCCACCAACCCGUCGCUCCCGGGCGACGUGCUGCCCGGGUGGGAGGGCGGGCGGGCGAUCCAGGUGAGCAGGAGCGACAAUGUGUCGCCGGCGGGGGCCACGAUCACGGCCCCGUUCUACCGCGUGGCCGGCGCCAUCACGCCCUCGUUCAACCUCUCCGCGGGCACCUACUUCCUCUCGGUGGCCAGCUUCGGCUCCAAGCCCUCCAGCAAUGACGGCUCCUACCGCAUCGCCGGCAGCAACAUCACCGGCACCCACUUCGCCGCCUACCUCGGCAUCCGGCCGAAGGGCACCAUCUACCCGGCCCUCCAGGUCAACGCCACCGACGCCUGGACCGUACCCGACCCCAGGGGCGUCCUCGCCUGCGUCUGGCCCACGGGGACGGUGCACCGACCGCAGGGCGGCAACACCACCAACACCACCACCACCACGGCGGGCAACACCACCACCACGGCGGGCACCACCACCACCACCACCACGGCGGGCAACACCACCACCACCACCGGCGGAUCUGGCGGUGGCUCGAAUCCGACGGACUACCUGGUGCGCUACCCGCUCGCCACGGACCUCAACAGCCUGAGCCCUGCCGGGUUCAUCUCCGGCGUCUCUGCAACCCUCCAGCUGCCGCUCGACGCCCAGAUCGAGAUCGUCGCGGCCCGCCGUGCCCAAGUGACGAUCACGACCAGCAGCGCUGAGAGGGCGUCCGCUGCUGCGGAGCAGGGUACGCUGCUGGACUUCUUCGUCUCCGGUACCGACGGGGCCUCCUUCAUGGAAAAGGCCCUCAGCGCCAAGCUCGCCGAUCUGCGCGCCAACAACGUGUCCAUCGCCUCGGCUCCCACCACCGUCACCGCCGACGCCUCCUCCGGCGCCCUCCUCCGCCCCGCGGCCUUGGUCUCCGUCGUCGUUGAGCACCUCCUCCUCCUCCCGUGGUGA